UUUGAGUUUUGAUUGAUUUUUUUUGAAUUGGAUUGAUAAACAAUCACACCAUAAAAUUAUCAAUCUAAUUUGUAUUAGGGAGUGGAGAGAGAUAAAUUUGCAAUGCGCCGAUUUUUUUGUAGUGUAUAGGUCCGAUAUCUGAAUCCUCCGGGUCUCUGAAAUUAAGCAGCGACUAGAAUUACCGACGAGAGAAUAAUUUGACUGAGGAAGAUGGUGGAAAGGAAGCAUUACAAGACAAAAAUAUGUCAGCUGUAUCAAAGAGGCCGCUGCUCUCGCCAGUACUGUAACUUUGCCCAUGGCUCCGCCGAGCUCCGGCGCUCCUCCUUUAAUGGAAGGCAGGACACCAGGGGAGGUGGAGACCUGAGAGAAAGGCUCGACAGAAUACGUUCUCCAUCGCACAAGUCAUCAGCAAGAGGAGAGCGUUCUUUUCAUAGAGACAGUCCCGGGUCUCAUGAGAAACGAAGUGAAAGAAACCACCGGAAGAUAAAGCAGUUGGAUGAUCAUACUGGUUAUUCUGAGAGAAUGUCGGAUGGUGAUGAAGGCCGAAAAAGAGAUAGCAGACGGACAUCUUCUGAUGCCAAAUUUCGCACCGAUGAACAGUUGAGAGAAAUACAUACUGAUAUUGAGAACCUGGAGAGGGACAAGCGGCACCUGGAGAUGUGCCUGGAUGAUAAGAUUAAGGAAGAAGAUACAUUAACUUCGAAAAUGCAUGAGCUUGAGAUGCAACUUUCUAAAGAGAAUGAGGAGGCGAAAAGGUUGACUGAAAAAAUUAAGAAGUUCAUUAAAGCACAUAAUCGUCAUUUGCGAUUACAAGAUGAACUGAAGAGAUCACAUGCUGAGCUCCAGAAAUUGGGUGAGCAACUGGAUUCAGAUGCUGAGGGGCUAGGUAUUGAAGAUGAUCCACGAAUCAACUCCGUAAAUGAUAGAAUAAAUGGUGUUUCUAGCCCAUCCAAUGAGGGUUCCCAUAGAAAACGGCCACGACUUUUGAUAGAAGAUCAUGAUGCAUCAAAUCAAGUGAAUGAGAGAAAUAGAGUGGAAAAGCUUUCUCGACGGUCUGUGCAUCAUAAUCUGACGAGUAACAGCAAGAAAGCUGAGGCAGAGGUUGAUGCAUAUAACCAGACUAAACUCUCGGCUUAUGAAGACAGGUCCAGAAGAGGAAUAAAACAGCCUGCUGAUACUGUUGCCUCUGCUGAAAAGCAUAAGUCAACAGAUACAAGCCUCACAUUACCAUCCACUGGUAUAGCUGCUCAUGCAAUGGAUGAAGAUGUUGAAGCUCUUGAUGCUGAUGAUAAUCGAGGUGCUGGAGCUGCUUCUACACAAGCUGAGUUGAAACCAAGAUCAAAAAUCUCGAGCUUGCCUUUUCCACCACCCCCUUUGCCUCCCAUCCCUCCAAAUGUCUAUUCACAGUACAAUGGUGAUGACGAGAAUGUGGAUAUCGAUGGACUUGACGAGGCAGUGGGUACUGUCUGACAUUAAUCCAACAGUCUUUAUUCAUGCAAUUAUGCGAAGAAGUUUUUGUAAGUUAUGAGACCACAGGAUUCGGUGUAUGAAGUUUUUUGUUUUUUUUUUGUUUGUUUGUUUGUUUUUUGUUAUGUUGACAUUUUUCAAGGUUUUCUUAGCCAAUGUAUUUCACUUGAAGUGUUGCUUACGAUGACCAUGAAUUUAAAUGUUUACAUU